UAGUUUUUGUAUAUUUGUUCAACUGUUGAGCCAAGUCAGCUUGUCGUUUGUUUUGACUUUGUGUUCACCUGGAUACGGCCGCUUCUAAAUCCCAUCCAAAGCAAGCUUGGUUUCUCAACCAAUUACCAGAGCCAAUAAUGGACUCUACUGACUGAUACAUGUAUUGAACUGACAUUGCAUUGUUUGCACAAAUCCAUCGUCAGCUGAUGUGAGCAAUAUGUAGAAUGUUCCUGCGACUUUCACACAAGAACUUAGAGUUUAACCUGAAUACUAAUGUGUGUAAUAAGACGAAAAACAUCAAACGUGUUGAGUCUCCUCCAGAAAGAGUCGUGCCCGUGAGCCAAAUAUUAAAGCAGCAACACGAAGAUAACAUGUUGUGGAUCAUCCGUGUGCAUUAGUGACUAUAGUAGCACCAAACGGCCUGACGCUCCCUCUGAACCUUCACCCUUGUGACCUGUCAUGCAGCCAUUUACUGCAUGUUUGUGUGUUUUGCAUGGGUGUGUUGUUCAUUAAAAAUGUGUGUGCUCAGCAGUCCUGAAGCGAGCCCAGCCUUUCUAAUUUAUUUUAAAGGUUUCUUUAAAAAAAAAAAAAAAGAAAAAAAGAAAGGUCAAAGGUCACGUUGCUGGAAUGCAAGUAGAUUACAAAUGCUGGCCCCAUUGCACGUCUAUUUAUACGGCCUGUGUGUGUUGACAUGGGUCAGCUAGAAUUGUCACUGUGCAUGUUUGUGUGUGUUUGAGCCUCACUAUAUGGAGGGGUGGGGUUAUGUUUUCUAAUCUAUUCAAGGCAACGCCCCCACCCUCCUGGACUGUUGCUGUAGAUAUAUAAGCCCUCUGCAGACACACAAUCUUUUCUUCACUUUUUGCUAAGACUACAGACCAGAGAUGCCUCAGUUUGAGAAAUCAACGGUCCACAUGAGGGACCCUGAACGGGUGGAGCAGAUCAUCUGUGGCCUAAUCAAAGGAGGAGCUUCCAAACUACAGGUCAUCACAGACUUUGACAUGACGUUAAGCAAAUUUGCAGUCAACGGCAAGCGUUGUCCGUCAUGUCACCAUAUCAUUGAUAACUGCAAACUGGUAACAGAUGAGUGCAGACAGAAGCUGCUGCAGCUGAACAAUAAAUAUUAUCCCAUUGAGAUUGAUCCUCACCUCACCAUGGAAGAGAAAUACCCAUUUAUGGUUGAGUGGUAUUUCAAGUCUCACACACUACUUGUGGAGCAGCGGAUAGAGAAAGACAAACUGCCAGAGGUGGUGAGAGAGUCUGACGCUGCACUCAGAGAUGGCUUUGAGCAGUUCUUUGACCGCCUACAGCAGCACAAUGUGCCUGUCUUCAUUUUCUCCGCUGGCCUGGGUGACGUCCUUGAGGAAAUCAUCCGUCAGGCCGGAGUCUACCACCCCAAUGUCAAGGUUGUCUCCAACUUCAUGGAUUUCGAUGACAACGGCGUCCUGAAAGGGUUCAAAGGCGAGCUGAUCCAUGUGUACAACAAACACGAUGGCGCCCUGCGAAACACAGAGUACUUCAAACAGCUAAGAGAGUACUGCAACAUCAUUCUGAUGGGUGACUCACUGGGAGACCUCAGCAUGGCCGAUGGUGUGCCCAAUGUAGAGAACAUCCUCAAGAUUGGCUUCCUCAAUGACAAGGUGGAAGAACGACUGGACAAAUAUCUGGACUCUUAUGACAUCGUCCUGGUAAAGGACGAGACUUUGGAAGUCCCCAAUGCCAUUCUCCAGAAAGUUCUAUAACUCCACCCCCAACUUUACCUUCCACCCACAUGAUCCACCUGCACCCUCGGGCCUGUCAGACUCUUGACACACUUUGUAACCUCCACUCUCUCUGGAUCCAACCAGAGUUAUGUACUGAUUGUGUGUCCCGAAUCUCACCUCUACCUUCUAACAGGCUUUUAAAAAGACGUUUUACGUCAUCCGAAUGAACUGUUUUAAAAGCCCGUAAACAGCAACAGCCCGUCUCUGCCGUGUUUUGUCUCUUUGAAUCGAUUCUGAUGUUCUCUCUCUUAAGUUGUGUUAUGAUAAAAGACAAAAACCAAAAGUUAGACUAAAACAAAAUGAAAAAGUAAACUCUCACUCCAUCUUUUGCACAUCCUAGGAUUAUUUUUGAUAUGGUAAUAUUUGUAUAUCAUAAACAAGUUGCCCACAGAUGAACAGUGUUUUUAUCCCAGCAAGUCACCUCAGUUUCUAUAAUUCAUCCAUCUAGUCAGUCUUUCAAAUUGAAUUGCUGUUGUUCAAAUAAGACAUAUCUGCAACAGUAUGGUAGAGCCUAGGGAUCAAUGUCUUGCUUGGUGAGCAGCACAAUCAUAGCCACCAACAGUAUUUAUUUAAAGCACCAGUGUAUAGGAAUUAGAGCCAUCUAUUAGCAGGAAUGUAAUAUAGUAUUCCUAAUUUUGCUUUCAAUAAUGUAUAAUCACUUGUGAUGAUGAAUCCCUGUUUUGUUAGCUUGAAUGAGCGCCUAAUAUCUACAUAGGGAGCAGGUGCACUUCCACAGAGUCCACCAAGUUGCACCAUCAUGUUUCUUUGGUAGCCCAGAAUAGAUAAACCAAGUGCUACAGAGGGACUGUUGAAUCCCUUGUUGAAAGUGUUUUCCCUAAAUGUUUGGAAAGGAACAGGGUGAAUGGACUGUAUUGAGUUGGUUGCAGUCUGCAACUUUGCCACUAGAUGCCACUAUAUUCUGCAUACUGGAUCUUUAAGUGAAAAGAAAACAUGAAACUCAGAGGAUCACAAGGAAAUAAAAGAAACGCACUUUAAAUUUAUUGUACGUGGAAAUCAGAUCCCUUGUGCUUGAGGACAUGUGUCAGUAGUUUAGAUUUGUGGAUGUAGGAACACAUUCUUGCACCGAAAAGUCAUGUUUACGUAAGCUGUUUUUUUUCUUCAUUCUUAAAUAGUCAUGGCAAGUUUUUAAUUUACAAUUUUCAGCAUAGCUCACCAGCAUUCUGCAUGCCAGCGAUUAAAGAGGCAUUCAUUAAUGUUAAGGUCAGCCUCCUGUGGUCUAGAGGUAGAAUUACAACGACAAAACACACAAUGUCAAACUAAAACAUGAUGCCUUCAGGUUCCUUUUUAAAAGAAACAUAACAGUAAUUUUGAAGUAUAUUGAAUUUCACCAUUUUGUUAAAAAACACUGGUGUCUGUGGCUUAGUAAAACCCAGCUUUUUUGUUCUGUGGUCAAAAUUGAGCACUACCUCUAAAUCAGUCUUUUUUCGGGAGGUCUGAAGCUAAAAUGUUUCCGUUUCAUUCUUGGUUAUAUUGAACGUUCUCUUUGAAUUUGUAUGUUUUAAAUGUGCUGCUAUCACCUGCAUGUUGCCUUUCGUUAUCGUUGAGUUGAUGUCAGAGACUAAAAAAAGACCUAUAUUAAUAAAAUAGGGAAUAAUGUUAUACCAUAUAUGUAUGUUGGCGUUGUAUGGAAAAAGUUUAUUGUUUCACUGCAUUUGGAGAUAUUUCCAGAAAUUUAGACCAGUGUGUGUGUUUUAUUUUUUUAUAAGCACAUGGCUUUCUUUGAUGUGAAUACAAAAUGGAAUAAAAAGUCAUACUGUGA